AUGGUGUGCACGUCUUGUUGUAAAGAAGAGAAGAAGAGGAAGAAGUAUAAGAGGGGUCUCUGGUCACCUGAAGAGGAUUGUAUAUUGAGAAGCUAUGUUCUCAAAUAUGGGCAUGGCUAUUGGAGUGAAAUUCCUAAACUAGCUGGCUUGCAAAGGUGUGGAAAAAGUUGCAGGCUUCGGUGGAUCAAUUACUUGAGGCCUGGCUUAAAACGAGGGGCUUUCUCCCAACAAGAACAGAUGAUUAUCAUCAAUGCACAUGGAUUUCUAGGCAACAGGUGGUCACAGAUUGCCUCGAUGCUUCCUGGACGGACAGAUAACGAAAUAAAGAAUUUCUGGCAUACCCAUUUGAAGAAGCAGCUCAACAUUUCAAAUGCCAACACCACUCCCACACAGGAAAUUUGCACAAAAAUGGAUUUUGUUUCAGAUGGUGAGAUUAAUUUUCAAAGCCCAACGUGUGGAAUUCCUGUGAAACAUACAAUGCCACUUCAUUCCUGUGAAAAACUAGGGUUUGAACUUGAAGAUGUGAAACCCAAUCCUGUUUCCAAGGAUGGUUCUUUUAUGGAUGUUCUGUAUUUUGAAUGGCUACAACCAGAAGGGACUGAAAAGCCUGCCAUUAAAAUGGAUUCUGAUAAAUUACUUACAAAUGGGUCUGAAAGUUCUAGCUGCAUAAGUGACCAGUCAGGAUUGCUUGGCAUGAUAGAAGAGUACUUACUUCCAAAUGAAACAAAGCAUAUUAUGGGCAGUGCAGAAUACUUGCCAAGCUUGUCAAGAGAUGGCUCAGACAUUCAUUUCACUUGUGAGAGAAGUCUGCCUUUUCUCUGCAAUGACUUGUCUACAACCUCGGGAAAUAUAAAUAGUAUGAACAUGUCUGAAUACUGGCAUGACAUGAGUUACAAUGGAGUUGAUUUAGGGAUGCAUGAAGGCUAUAAUUUGAUCUAAAACAGUUGUUUGUUUGACAUGGGUAUUGGCUAAGCACUUACUUCCUUGAAUGCCUGCUUUGAAAAAGGCAUAAUGGUUUCAGUUUGCAAUGUGAAGCUUGAAAUAAG